AUGACAGGACCAUUGGGCGCCAGUCUUUCAAGUUGGCGUUGCCUGCAGCGAAGAGGAACAUCCACAGCGACCUAUGAGCAGAGGGUUCGGGACGAGAGGGUGAGUUGCAGCAUCGUUGACGCAUCCUGGGCUGCAGCAGCAGGAACAGGGCGGCGGCAGGCCAGGGAGAGCCACCUGCAGAACGUGAGGAUACCGGAGGGGGUCGACCUGCUGGUGACCCACGUGCCGCCCUACGGCGUCAGGGACCUGUGUUACCACGGCGGGCGCGCAGGCUCGUGGGCGCUGCGGAAGGUCGUGCAGGCCCUGCCGCGGGAGCGGCGGCCGAAGGCGUGGCUCUUCGGCCACAUCCACGAGGCGCACGGCGCCUCCUGGCUGCGGGCAGAG